AUGGUGCAGUUUGAAGUGGAUACUGGAUGUAGUGUGACGGUUCUGUCUAAGGUUGAGUAUGGAAAGUUAUGGCUAAAAGAAGCUCAGAAGCUGCGGGACUGUUCAGUGACUUUGAAAACAUAUACCGGUGAAACAGUUCCCACACUGGAGAUGGCCAAAGUAACGCCGGGGAAACACCAUAGCAAUGCGGACGCGUUGAGCCGUCUGCCGCUACCGGGGCCUCCCCAGCGAGAGGAAAUGGAGGACCGAGUGUUGAUGAUGGAGGACAUCACGUUGGUGUCAGCGAAAGAAUUGAGCGAAUGGACACGCAAAGACCCGGUGUUGGCUCGAGUGUUUCAAUGGGUUCAGCAAGGCUGGACAACACAACACCCUGAUCCAGUUUUCAGGCCUUAUGAGGUGAGGAAAACAGAGCUGAGUGUGCAAGAUGGAUGCGUGUUGUGGGGGGCACGAGUGGUAAUCCCGCCCCCAGGAAGACGUGCACUUUUACAACAGCUGCAUCAAGGUCAUGUGGGCAUCACCCGAAUGAAGGCCUUAGCACGAAGUUAUUUCUGGUGGCCAAAGUUGGACCACGACAUUGAGGUCGCUGUGAAAGAGUGUAAAACCUGUCAGCAGCAUCGCAACUUACCUGUGAUGGCACCACUACACCCAUGGGAGUGGCCGAGUAGACCUUGGCAGAGACUUCAUAUAGACUAUGCAGGACCUUUUAUGGGGGCCAUGUUUUUGAUAAUAAUGGAUGCUCAUUCUAAAUGGAUGGAUGCCUACCCAGUCAAAACACCUACUUCUACCACUACCAUUGACUGCCUGCGAAAGAGUUUCAGUAGUCAAGGAUUACCCGAGACUAUUGUAUCAGAUAAUGCGUCAUGCUUCAUGAGUGAAGAGUUCAAGGGGUUCCUGGAAAAAAAUGUAUCAAGGGUGUUAUUCAACUACCGCAUUACACCCCAGUCUACCACGGGAUUGUCCCCUGCCGAGAUGUUGCAAGGACGGAGAUUAAGAUCCACGUUGGAUCUGGUGCAUCCAAACAUCCGAGCUAAGGUAGAGGGGAUACAGUGGAGGCAAAAAGAACAUCAUGAUCGACGACGGAGAGAGAGAAGUUUCCUGGAGGGAGAUGCCGUGAUGACGCGAAACUUCAGUUAUGGACCUAAAUGGAUUCCAGGGUUUAUUGUCAAGAGCACGGGUCCCCUGUCGUACCAGGUGAGGUUGAAUGGAGGUUUGGUAGUGAGGAGACAUGUGGACCAGAUUCUGCGGAAUGCGCAGGAGAAGGACUCCAUGGAACUGCAAGCCCCAGAAAUGCCGUUAGUUUCGGGAGAAGGGCUCGCAGCGGCAGGAGGAUCGCCGAUCUUGGGGGCCGAGGGAGACCGUCGGGACUCGGAAGGAGAGGUUCCCAAGGAUCCAUCUGUUCCAGGGAUGGACACACCGGUACCAGAGGUGUACUAUGAAGGAAAGCAUUAUUACAGUGUUGGUAUUUUGUCCUUCUCUUUUUCAGAAAUAGUGAAAAAGCUAAAUAACUUUGGUGCUUCUUCUAUAGCAAUAUGCAAGAAUGAAGAACAUCUAAUUGUUCCAGAUUUCUUGGCUAAUUCACUCAAAGUGUGA